AACAAUUGCAAAACCAUUAAAAAGGUGAGCGCUCCAGCAACGGUGCUGGCUUCCCGCUCUUUCCGUGAUCAUUGUAAAAAAGAUUGAGAUCAUGGCCUUGAAGGAAGUUUCUAGCAACAAAUGCUUUGGAGGUUUUCAGAAAGUGUUUGAACAUGACAGUGUGGAGCUGAAAUGUAAAAUGAAGUUUGGGAUUUAUUUACCACCGAAGGCAGUAACUGAGAAAUGCCCUGUGUUGUACUGGCUGUCAGGACUAACAUGUACAGAACAAAACAUCAUAACCAAAGGUGGUUUCCAUCAAGCUGCAGCUGAACAUGGCCUUAUUGUAGUCGCUCCAGAUACCAGCCCACGUGGAUGCAAUAUUCAAGGAGAAGACGAGAGCUGGGACUUUGGCACUGGAGCCGGUUUUUAUGUAGAUGCCACAGAAGAAUUAUGGAAAACAAAUUAUCGCAUGUACUCUUACAUAAAAGAUGAGUUGCCCAAUCUGAUCAAUGCCAGUUUCGCAGUUGAUUCUGGAAGGAUGUCAAUUUCAGGCCAUUCCAUGGGAGGCCAUGGGGCCCUCAUCCUAGCCCUAAAGAAUCCUGGAAAAUAUAAAUCUGUUUCAGCAUUUGCUCCAAUCUGCAACCCAAUACAGUGUCCAUGGGGGAAAAAGGCAUUUAGUGGAUAUCUAGGAUCGAACGCAACAAAUUGGGAA